GACAAUCUCCAUCUGAGCACCAACCUAACAUCAACCUCCGCCGUCUCUGUCGACCGACCUGACGACGUGCUUCAUCCGUCAUCGGCUUCGCCACCAGCCACCCAUCGCCGGCCGCCCCUGCUCCCUUCUUGCCGCCGCUCACGCGAGACGAGGACGGACGGACCGGCAUCAGCCAGCGGAGCAUGUAAUCAACCGGCGACGCGAACACGACGGCACGCCGCGCGACGACCAAGACGAAGACGAAGACGACGACGACACUUAAGUGCCUCGUCCAACGGGCUCCCAACCCCAUACCCCAACCCAGCCGCGAGCCAUUCAUGCUCUCCACGUCUUCAAUGCCCCGACUCGUCCUCUUCCGUCUGCCGACCAAGCUUCGGCGACGGGUCCGCCGCAACCGCAUGGCCACGCUCGCCGCCCUCGCCGCCCUCUUCUUCCUGCUCGUCCUGCCGCUCUACUCGCUCUACUGCAUCUACAAGCCCCCGCGCUUCGUCAUCAGCUACCUGCGCGCCGUCUACCCCGAUGUGCUCUUCGAGGUGACCCUGACGGACAAGGUCAUGGCCCUGUCCAUUGACGACGCGCCGUCGCCGCACACGGACGAAAUCAUGUCGGUGCUGCGCGACAAUGACGCCCACGCCACCUUCUUCGUCAUCGGCUCCCAGGUGGACGGUCGCGAGGCGACGCUGGAGAAGCUCGUCGGCGAGGGCCACGAGCUCGGCAACCACGCCAUGCACGACGAGUCCUCGCGCGCCUUGUCCAACGACGAGCUGGAGCGCCAGGUGAAGCAGGUCAAGGAGAAGCUCGUCACCGCCUACGACGCCAACCACAAGAUCCUGCCCAACAACUACUUCCGCCCGGGAUCCGGCUUCUUCAGUUAUCGCAUGCGCGACAUGCUCGGCAAUCGCGGCUUCCGUAUCGUUUUGGGCAGCAUAUACCCGCACGACCCCCAGAUCCCCUACCCGUCCACCAACGCCAGGCACAUCCUGAGCAUGGCGCACCCCGGCGGCAUCAUUGUGUGCCACGAUAGGAGAUCGUGGACGGUGCCCAUGUUGAAGAUUGUGCUGCCAGAGCUUCGCCGGAGAGGGUAUAAGAUUGUGACCAUAACCGACCUGGUCAAACUGGCAGAGCCAUUGGGUGGACGGUGAUGCCGUUUCGGAGGAGCCGUCAUAUCAUGUUGCUUUCCAACAUUGCGUCGUCUUGUUCAGGAGUUGGAAGCGCACUGCAUGGUGGAGUUGCCUUGAAUACGGGCUGAGAAGCACGAAUGAUUAAUUCCGGGGUAGUAACGGGGCCAGGCUUUGCGACGAGGAGGGCAUAUUAAGGAGCGGAUCGCGGCUGGACGAGGCAGCAUGAGGAGGCCGCGGGGCAAAAGUUCCAAGUCUGCAAACGGGCGUUGAUAUAUUGGUAUUGCAUGUAUAAAAGGAAGUGAGGCGAGGCUGCGGACAAGGGUCUGCCGGUUAUACUACAGGGAAUCGGUGGGCAGGAACGCGCGCAGCUUGUUCUUCUCUACACGCCGACCGUCGCAUGGGACGGAAUUCGAAAUGCAGUAAAGAUUGCAGACGGCCACGUCGGAAGAAGCACGGGACGAGAAUAGCCCAUGUCGGCGCGUGCCGUGACGCGACGCAGUGUAAAGAGUAGAGGUCUAUUUCGCAUGCCUGUUCAUUGUACGAGGUACGUUGUUCAGUAUACGUAGUGUGCACCCACCCAUGUGCUGGC